AUGCCCAUUAUCGCCGGUGGGUCAAAUUCGUUCAUCUACGCACUUCUGGCUGAAAAAUUCAGCCCCGAAAUAGACGUGUUCAGCAAGUCAGACUCGAACAUCCUACGGCUGGGGGACGCCGCGGCGAAGCGAGCCGGCAAAAGAGUGGCGGAUAUUUGGGAAAGACAGGUGGUAGAACCAAGCUUGAAGAUUGUGAAGCGGUUCUCGAUGGAGAAAGAAAUGAAAUCUAUUUUACAAGCUUCUGAGGUGCUCCCACUUGUCUACACUCCAACUAUUAGUGAGGCCUGCCAAAAAUAUGGGAGUACCUUUAGGCAACCUCAGGGACUUUUUAUAAGUUCCAAAGGAGCCAUUAUCCUCGAUCUAACUGUAAUAGCUGUUCUAAUCCCUAAAAAUUCUUCAGUUAAGCUAUUCACACAGGGAUUAUUGACAGGGAUUGGUGACCGAGAUGAUGUGGGAACUUUUGAUUAG